AGAAAAAUACGUUUAUACUAGACGCAAAUAAGCAAUUGUAGUGUAAAUGGUUGUCAGACACUCACACUAUAUUCUCUUUUGUUUUGUUGAAAAUGGCGCAAAAGCAGAGCAAUGAGACAACCAGCGGAACAACUGAAAUCAUUGACCAAGCGGUGUCCUGUGCCGCGUCGCAGGUUCAGACCACGCCCACACUGCAAUUGCGACUAGAACAUCCGCAGGACGAACGCCGGGUGGUUUUUCAUGCCGGGGUUAUAGACAAUGAGAAUUUGAAUCGCAAGAAAUCAAAAUGCUGCUGCAUAUUCAAAAAACCUCUGGCGUUCGACGAGAGCUCUUCGGAUGAUGACGAAGACUGCGAGCACUGCUUUGGGCAUCCCGAAAAGCGGAGGAGAAACGCCAAGAACAAUGAUGAUCGCGAUGUAAACUUGUGUCCGGAGGCUUCGCAUUCCGAUGGACCAUCUACAUCCACGAGAGCGGUGGACUGUAUUCCACCGCCAGCAGAGCCCGUUGAGCUGCCGGCGAAUCAGAAAAAUCCUAUCGAAUGCGUUGACUUUGAACACGCAAAUAGUUCGUAGUGCUUCAAUUAAAAAAGGUAUAAUUAUAAACGUUAACACGAAA